CAUGCAUGACUCAGGAGGUAGAGGUAGACUGAAUAUCGUUUUCUUAAGUUUUACGUUGAUUUGAAGAUACGGCGACGCGAUUUUUCCUUCCUCGCUCCCCCUUAAACUUGUACUCGUUUGGUCUCUACCGAUUUACGGAAAUAAGGUGGGCUUUCUCCGAGUUUGAAUUAGGGCACAGUACUCAACCUGAAAGUGGGGAGUUGCACGUUUUAUAGCCGCAGCUGGAUUCACUUGUCUUUUCUUUGAGCUGAAAGGAUGUAUCGAAACUUUGGGAGUCAGGGAAGAGGCAACCCUCCGUACAGAGGCAGCGGCUCCGGGGCCAACCCGGCAUCCCUGGGAAGCAGCAGCACGUCCACCACGCAGCAGGAGCAGAAGUUUACAAUGGCAGGCAGCAGUCAUUUUGUUCCAAGCCUAAACGCCAUCACGACCAAUCAAGACCUCCAAUGGAUGGUCCAGCCAUCCAUUAUGCAUCCUCCAGGACCUUCACGAUCACCGGUGCCUCCUUACCCAAGCUUCCUGGGGGUACGGCCACUGGGUCCGCCACAUUCCCAGUCCAACCUUCUCAGACCCAGGGUCAUAAGAGCACCUGCACAUACUCCACCUUCCACAAGGCGCAGGAAUGAUGAACAUAUGUCACAGGAGGAAAUGGAAAGACGCAGAGUAAGAAGGGAAAGGAAUAAACUGGCAGCAGCAAAAUGUCGCAAUCGUCGUAGGGAGCUGACAGACACGCUGCAAAGUGAAACUGAGGAUUUGGAGGAUGAAAAGUCACGUCUACAGAAAGAAGUUGCUGAUUUACAAAAGGAAAAGGAGAAGCUGGAGCUGGUCUUGGAAGCUCACCGUCCCAUUUGUAAAAUAGAAGACUCAGAUUCAGAUUCUGACCCAAAUCCAUCAAGCUCUUCCUCUUUGGGAGCCAUCAAAUUGGAGCCAGAGGAAUCGAGCAGACCAGGACCCUCCACCAAACUGCGAGUAAAGAUGGAGAAGCCCAAACCGAAGAUAACCAUCCCAAGCAAGCCUCCAACAUCUACCGCCUCCACUUUUACCACUGAGUCAGAGUCACUCCACACCCCCAUUCUCACAUCAACUCCCUCCCUCCUGUCCUUCGCAUCUAGUAUGGUUUUCACUUAUCCACCCGGCUCUUCAGAUGCCAGCUCCUCCAUCGGGGCCCAGGCUACAUCUCAUCAGGGGCACGUCCACCAGUCCCCAAGGCCAUGUGGAGUUGCUCAUCGCCGUAGCAGCAGCAGUGGCGACCAAUCGGAUCACUCUCUGCACUCGCCGACCGUCCUCACUCUGUGACCGCAGCUCUUGGCAAAACACUAAAUGUCAUUUCAGUGCAGUUGUGAUACAUUUGACAAGAAGUAUCCCUGGGAAGUGUGAUGGGGGAAAAAAUGUAAUAAGCAUUUCAGAAUAACCAGCUGCUUAAUUUUAACUCUCUCUCUUUGUGGCAUUAUAAGAACAUACAUUUGACACUUUUUUAGCUUUUAUACAGGUCUUUUUAUGUCCAAUUUUAAAAGCCAUAAGAUGGAAUGAAUAUGUUUGAUGUUUAUAUUGAAAGUAGUGCAUGCAAAACGUAUACUCUAAAGAAAUAUUCAUGCUUUACAGAAAAGACUGUGACAAUACAUCUAAUAAUAUAUUAAGCGUAAUACUUGUUAAACUAUGUCAUGAAACACUUUAUAUUAGCCCUCAACAAAGAGAUAGAGUACUUAAAAAUAAUGGUCCUUACUAUUGGUUUGGAUCUUUGAAGAUUCUAGAUAUGUAUACUAAUUAUUGACCACUAAGGCUGGACCAUAGGAGUUGAUAUGGAUUAUACAAUGACUCAUAUUUAUUAAGAGUUUAAUAUAUUUUUGGAAAUGUUAGGAUUGUCUUUUUUCUGUGGGCAGUGCCUUACUUUUGUCUUUUGUCAGGACUUUGCAAAGAAUAAAAAAAAACUAAGGUUUUGGUUCAAAACAAA